AGGGGGAACAAGCAGAACAAGUAAAAAAUGGACGAGGGCGGCGGUCGGCCGUAUCAAACUCGUGCAAUCUUCAAGAUGCCGUUCGGCCCUCGAAACCUGUAACCACUCUUGCCGCAUACCUUCGACACGUUAUUGACUGGGGCGUUCCGUGCUUUCCUCGAAAACCAUGACCACUCCCGAAGCGCGUGCAAGUUGCUACCUGGGCUUUGACUUCAGCACGCAGCAGCUGAAAGCACUCGCUGUCAACGACCGACUCGAGGUGCUUUGCGAGGCGUCCGUCCAGUUUGACAACGACCUCCCCGAGUACCGGACCCAGAAUGGCGUCAACAAGAACCGGGACAACCUGACGGUCACGGCGCCCCCGAUCAUGUGGGUCAAAGCCCUCGACAUGGUGCUCGAACGCCUCAAGGUAGCGGGCCUUGACUUCUCGACCGUGUCCGCCAUCUCGGGCUGCGGUCAGCAGCACGGCAGCGUGUACUGGAAGAGAGGGGCAUCGGAGCUGCUCGCCAAGCUCGAUCCGUCCCGUUUCCUGCACGAUCAGCUUCAGGGCGCCUUCAGCGUGAGGGACUCGCCGGUGUGGAUGGACUCGAGCACGGAGUCCCAGUGCCGUAGCCUCGAGGCUGCUGUUGGAGGAGCUGACCGUCUCGCCGAAAUCACGGGCUCUCGCGCCUUCGAACGGUUCACGGGAAACCAGAUAGCCAAAUUACGGCAAACGAGACCAGACGCCUACGAAAACACGGACCGCAUAUCUCUUGUCAGCAGCUUCGGCGCGAGCGUGUUCCUAGGACACUACGCUUCGAUAGACCUUAGCGAUGGCUCUGGUAUGAAUCUUCUGGACAUCCGCACCCAUCAGUGGGACGCCAACUGCCUCGGAGCAUGCGCGCCACAGCUGGAAGCCAAGCUUGGGGCUCCUGUCCCGUCUAGCAAAGUACUAGGCAUGGUGUCCCCUUACUUUGUUGACAGAUACGGAUUCCCACCGAACUGCAGUGUGGUCGCUUUCACAGGUGACAACUCUGCAUCUUUGGCUGGCUUCCAACUCAAUUCUGGAGACCUGCUGGUUAGCCUCGGAACCAGCGACACCGUAUUGAUGUGGCUGGACGAAGCGCAUCCUGCUCUUGAGGGACACAUCAUGGUCAAUCCAGUGGCCCCCAAGUCGUUUAUGGGCAUGCUCUGCUACAAGAACGGAUCGCUGACACGACAGCGAGUUAGAGAUCAGUGUGCUGGCGCCUCCUGGGACCUUUUUGCUUCUCUCCUUGACACCACGCCGCGCGGAAACUUUGGGAACAUCGGGACAUACUUUGACCUCAGGGAGAUACUGCCACCCGUGGUCGGAGACUUCAAGUUUAACAAAAACAAUGACCGGGUUGCAAAGUUUUCACAGGAAGUGGAAGUGAGGGCCGUGGUGGAGGGCCAGUUCUUGGCGAAGAGGGUCCAUGCCAAACGGCUUGGUUUCAGCUUCGGCGGUCGUGUUUUUGCCACGGGAGGUGCGUCUAAGAAUCCGGGAAUCAUACAGGUGCUCGCCGACGUGUUUGGAGCUUCCGUCUACACCCUCGGCAAGGCCUCGGCCAAUGCGGCUUGUCUCGGCGCGGCCUAUCUUGCGUUUUAUGGAAGCCGUAAGAAGGAUGACGACGCGCUGGAGUUUUCAGAUGUUGUCUCUAAUGCCGGCUCGUUCACUCUGGUGGCCGAACCGAACAGAGAUGCGGAAUCCGUUUAUGGGAAUAUGGCGGAGCGUUACCGUUCCCUGGAACAGAAGAUAAUCAGUUUGCAGGCAGCAAAGCCCUCAUGAUUGUUAUCUCACCUGCCUGCCUGUUCCUUCCGUCCCCUGUGGCAUGGGGCUUUCAUUCUAGUGCGACAAGUAUUGGGCGUUUCGUGUUUAGGGGCACUGCCUUCUUCUCACUCAUAUCACUGCCAGGCAACGAAUGUGCGAAACAGAUUUCAUACAGACUGCUUUUAAAGAGCAUGCCAUAAAAUAAAGAAGGCUGAGAACUCGCAGCAUAGCUAUUUUUAUUUAAAAUACUAUUUUUCGCGCUUUAGUUUGUGUAUUUCAAAACAGUUUUGUACUCCUAGAGAACUGCACCUUCGUUCCUUUUGAACGUCUUGAGCAGUACAAGACAUAGUUAUGAACUGCACUCUCGCAUCACUUAGUGCUUUAAUCUAGCCUAUGGUGUCUAGAGGUAUUGAGUCAUGGGGAAGCAUUGGCACAAGCAGAUUAGGAAUAUGUCUCCCUCUCUUAUUGCCUGCGCUUAUCAAGUCCCAAGUGUCCUUGAGCUUGGAACUACACAAGAUUGCAUACAACUCGGGCUUGUCCGUGGCUGCAAAAUAUGUCGUAAGUGCCACACAGAUCGGGUAAUUUGCAAAAAAUUACCUUUUUUAUGUAUGUUCCAACAUUUAUCUUAAGCUUGGCCCUUUGCUUCAGCUUUGGUGCUGGCUGCAGGAGUUACAUCGAAUCUAUGUGGAGCGGGUUGUUUAGGUUUUGUGCAGCAUAGUGCAAUAUGGUAGUGGCUUAUGGUGCUCAGGCUUUUGCCAUUUAUUUAUUGGCUAGUUAGGGUCUAGCGUUACUCGGUGUUAGCGGUCUGGGUACUGGUUUUGGGUGAAAGCACUUGUGAUACUUUUUGUGCUUGUCCUUGGUACAGUUCCAUAUAUGUGUUCAAAGUUACUUCAAGGGACAUGCUCGAAUUAUUUCUAUGGGGCAAUAAAGCAUGCUUUACUUUAUAAGACA